AUGGAGCGCCCGUGUCGACAGAGGACGACGGCGAGCGCACCACAAGACGGCCCACGGACGGCCAGCCCCGCAGGACGACGAUCCAGCAGGCGCGGCAAGCACCCCGUCCGCACCACGUUAUACGGAGUACGUGUGCGUGCUCUGGCCGGCGCCGUCCCUGCAAUUAGUACCACCCUCCUCCUCUGCCUCCCAAGUCCCAACCCGGAAGCCUCGCCCAUCCCUCCUGCCCGCGGGCCACGAGCGACCCGGCCCAGUCCAGUCAAGCGUCCCGUCGAGCCGGAGCUACCAGGUGGCAGCACCAGCACCAGCACCAGCACCAGCACCAGCACUUUUGGCAGCCACCCACACCGAACCCGCCUUCGUGCCUGCCCAAACUCUGUUCGUCUUCCGUGGAUUCCGUCCCCAUACCAAGUUCCUACCGACCUUGCGGUUAGCUACGCUACGCUACGAGCACGCUACGCUGUACCACGAGGUACCUUGCGCUGCCGCACGGGGCCCUGCGCCGUUCCUGGCCAUACAAAGUACCGCGCCUUACCAUACCUUACCUUGGCUUGCCGUCCAUUGGGGGACCUUGCCAUAACCGACCCGGGCCUCUUUGCUCGCGCAGUUUCCUCGUUCCUCUCCUCCGCAUCCCACCACCCGCGCGAGUCGUCGCACUCGUACUUGGCGCGACGCUCCGUAAAACGUCCCGUCGUCCUCCCUCGCUCCCGCACCGCACCGCACCACAUCGCAUCGUCGACGCCUUCGCUGGUGCUGUGCUCUCGCGCUGCCUCGCCGCCUCACUCCCGUCGCUUGCCUCGUUCGCGCCCGCCGGCCCUGUCGCUGCCCGGCGUCCGACCAUCGGCCCCCCUCGUAUUACAGACCCCGGCAACCACACCACGUUCGCUCCCAGAUCCCAGAACGCCGGCGCCCUUCCACCACGGCCCCCUAGAGCCGACGCGCCUCGCGCUGCGACUCGAGCCCGCUCUCCGAAUCCCGCAGCCUGUGCAACCGCGCAAACGGCACACACCACAGCGCAUCGCACCAGCGCAGCACUGCGUCGCACCCGCAACACCGCAGCGCCCUCAGCCGUGCGUCGACGUGCUGCACGGCAGCUGCAGCUCCCGCUCUCGUCUCGUCACAGCCGUCCAUCCGCAGCCUCCGAUACCCCUCCAACCCGCCCGCCCGCCGCUGCAUCGGCGCCUGCGACUCGCGCUCCUCGACCUGCCGGCCUUCUGCCCUCGCCUGUUCCCUUGA